UCCUUCUUUUCGAUCCACACAAUUAAAACCGGAUUCUACGAUGAAGGCACCCUCAUAAAGAACUUCGGAUUUAUCUCCUCAAUCUGCCUCUUAGCUGUUCAAAUUCCUUUCUCAACAUUUUCCCUCCUUUUUAACAUCACUUUGUCCCGUCAUCACCAAUUGGGAACAACCCCAACAAAAAGAGAAGAAUAGGAACGCUAAUCAUUCAUCUCUAUGCUUUAGAAUUUUCUGCAAGAAAGAAAGAAAGCAAUAAAAAUUUUCAUCUCUUGAUAGUUUUACCAUGGCACAGAGAAAUGGUCAUCGUCAUGAAACUUUAAUCGACAUAGGAAAGCCUGUCAGCUUUACUGGAGGACUCGAGUUCUGUAGUCUUACUUAUACAGUGACUAAAAAGAAGAAGAUUGAAGGGAAAUGGUUGAGCCAGGAUGUUGAUUUACUGCAUGCGAUUACUGGGUAUGCACCCAAAGGUUGCAUCACUGCAGUCAUGGGUCCUAGUGGUGCAGGAAAAUCUACUUUGUUAGAUGGAUUAGCCGGUCGCAUUGCCAGUGGGAGCUUAAAGGGUAGAGUGUCAUUUGAUGGCACAGAAGUCAGUCCAAGCUUGAUCAAGAGAACCUCUGCAUAUAUUAUGCAAGAUGAUAAGCUUUUUCCUAUGCUUACUGUUUACGAAACUCUGAUGUUUGCUGCUGAUUUUCGGUUGGGUCCGAUUUCUACAGCUGACAAGAAACAGCGAGUGGAGAAGCUUAUGGAACAACUUGGUUUAUUGAGUUCGCGAAACACCUACAUAGGAGAUGAAGGUAUACGAGGAGUAUCUGGCGGAGAGCGCCGAAGAGUGUCCAUCGGUGUGGAUAUAAUCCAUGGACCAUCCUUACUCUUCCUUGACGAGCCGACUUCAGGUCUAGACUCCACCAGUGCUCAUAGUGUAGUUGAAAAGAUUCACCACAUUGCAAGGUCAGGCAGCACUGUGAUACUUACAAUUCAUCAACCAUCAUCAAGAAUUCAAUUGCUUCUUGACCAUCUCGCUGUCCUGGCUCGCGGGCAGCUCAUGUUUCAAGGCUCGCCUAAAGAUGUGACUCUCCAUCUUAGCCGAAUGGGUCGAAAAGUCCCCAGAGGUGAAAACUCGAUAGAGUAUCUAAUCGAUGUGAUACAAGAGUAUGAUCAGUCUGAUCAUGGGGUUGAGGCAUUAGCUGAAUUUGCACUUACCGGAAUGAAACCGCCUAAGUUAUCCGACGAGGAAAUGUCGGUGUCCACGGUUGCACCAACGCCACCUCCUUCACGUCAGAACCGCGCUCAGGUGGAAUUAGGUGCUUCGGGGAAUGGGAGGCGCCUUCCAUUACAAACAAGUACACAGGAUUCUAGUGAGUUUGAGCAUAGUUUGAGGAGCCCUUCUUGGAGUGGCAGUCAUGUUGGAGUUGUGCAAACCCUCAGGUUUACACCUGUUCGUCAAAGGAAUGACAAGAAACUGCAAAAUCCAAUGAGUUCAUCUCCUGGAUACUAUACAUACUCAAGUGAGAUCCUGCCAAGCACACCCACACCUCACAGCAGUGACUACACAGUGAAUGAAAAUGACUACCUGACACCAAAUAUAGCUCCAAAUCAUAUGGCAUAUCAUCUUGGUCCGAAAUUCUCCAAUUCCUUUUUCUCCGAGACAUGGGUUCUCAUGCGCAGGAAUUUCAUAAACAUCAGGCGAACUCCUGAGCUUUUCCUUUCAAGACUUAUGGUCCUAACCAUCAUGGGACUCAUGAUGGCCACCAUGUUCAUGAACCCUAAAGAAGACUCUCAAGGAAUCACUAAUCGACUUAGUUUCUUUAUUUUCACAGUAUGUCUCUUCUUCUUUUCAUCUAACGAUGCUGUUCCUGCCUUUAUUCAAGAACGCUUCAUUUUCGUCCGCGAAACUUCUCAUAAUGCUUAUAGAGCUUCUUCCUACACUAUUGCUGGCCUUUUAACUUACCUUCCUUUUCUUGCACUUCAAUCUGGUGUCUAUGCUGCCAUUGUUUGGAAAGCCUUGAAGCUUCGUGGGCCGUUCUAUUAUUUCUUGCUUGUUCUCUAUGUUUCUCUUCUUUCAACAAACUCAUUUGUGGUGUUUGUUAGCUCAGUUGUGCCAAAUUACAUUCUGGGUUAUGCAGCUGUCAUUGCCUUCACUGCUCUAUUUUUCUUGUUUUGUGGCUACUUCUUGAAUAGCCAUGACAUACCCACAUAUUGGAAGUGGAUGAACACGAUUUCCACAAUGUCAUAUCCUUAUGAAGGGCUUUUGAUGAAUGAGUAUCAGACAUCAGAUGUUUUUGGGUACACACCUGCUGGUGACCCUAUAAAUGGCACCACCAUCUUGGGGUCACUCAACAUUAGUACAAAUGAAUCGAAGAAAUGGGAGAAGGUGCUCGUGAUGUUGGGAUGGGCAGUUCUUUACAGGAUAUUUUUCUACAUAAUCCUUCGAUUCUUCUCUAAGAUCCAAAGGUCAUAGAAGAAAAUGAUCACAUGAAGGGAAGCUAAGACAAUAUA